CUAAAAUUCAAGGACCCUUUCCAUGAAGUGUCUGUAAUGACUGUGGAUUUACACUGUAGUUACUCAGCAAAUACACGCGCACUUACAUGCCAGUGCUGUUCUACAUAGUUGCAAUGCACUUAAUAUGUCAAUCUGUUUGCAUGAUAUAUGUAAGCACACGAUUGUAUCAGAAAAGGAUUAAAGCUGAAACAUUAGCAGCCCACAUCCUCUGUAGUGUCAGAGGAGUGUGAAAAUGAAGAACUGCUACACUCUCACACUCACUUCCACUCUCUCAGCACCCUGUCAAGCUGCAGGACAGAGCAGGGGAUCAGAGAGCAGCGCUCCAAGUCAGACGAGCAGCCAGCAGUGAGCCGAAAUGAACGACAGCGCUCUCGUGGAAUUGGGCUCCAUCGUGGUGACGCAGCCGAGCAGGGGGCCCUGUCAGGUGAGCCACCCCGCGGAGUUCCUGCUCCUCCCGCUGGUCUACACCGCCGUGUUCCUCCUGGGGUUGCCGGGCAACCUGACGGCGCUGUUGGUGUUCUGCAGCCGAGGGACGCGCAUGAACAGAGCCAUGAAGACCUACCUGGUCAACCUGAUCAUGGCGGACGUGGCCUUCAACCUGACGCUGCCCCUGUGGAUCCACUACUACUUCAACCGCGGCCACUGGGUCUUCACAGAGCUGGGCUGCAGGCUGGCCGGGUCUCUCUACUACCUGUCCACCUACAGCGCCAUCACCUUCAUGACCCUCAUCAGCGUCAACCGAUUCCUCACAGUCACCGCGAGUCGGGGCCAGCUGUUCCUGGUGACCAAGAGAGGGGCUGGCUGGACCAGCCUCUGCGUCUGGGCCUUCUGGCUCUGCUGCUCCAUCCCCUCCCUCUCCGCGGAUCAGACCUUCGAGACGGACCGCGGGGUCAUCACGUGCUUCGAGAUGGUCUCCCAGGACCGGACCUACGCCUUCCUGGCCUGCCUCUUCUUCCUGUCCUCCUUCCUCACGGUCCUGGGCAGCUACCUCUCCAUCCUCCGCACACUCGCAGCCCCAGGAGCCCCCAGGGCCCCCUUCCGCGGGCCACACCGGCGGCUGGCCAGGUCCAUUGUCCUGGGCAUGCUGCUGGUUUUCGUGGUCUGCGUGGCCCCCUACCACGUGACAUUGAUCGCCUGGGUGUUCAGAAAGACGUCGGUUUUCAGCUGCGCCCCUCCAUCCCUGGUGGACGUGGUGCACAGAGUGAGCACGGCCCUGCUGAGCGUGAACAGCUGCAUCGACCCACUCAUCUACUGCUUCUCUCUGCAGCACUUCCGAACCCAGCUCCGAGGGCUGUGGAGGGCGUCCGGGCAGUGCCUCUGCAGGCAGACUCCCAGGCAGGCAGCCUCCAGCAGCUCCAGCAGCAAGGGGCUCGCCGUUAAGUGCAACAGAGAGGAUCCACACUCAGGAUUUAAUCGCCGUGACAUCUCUGUCUUGUAAAUCCUUAAGAGGGUGCACAGCCCCAAAGCAUUGCUGAUUCGACUUGUGUUCAAUUUUCUAUCUUCAUACUGCAGAAAUAAAAAGUAAAAAAAAUAUGUUUUGGUGAACAAAUCCCGAGCGAGGAUACCCUUUGUUGAGUAUAUACUCCAUUUAUCCAGCACCUGGAC